AGUGGAGAUUCUGCUCUCAACGUCUACUAUUACGUUAUGAUUGUUACAUUACUAGUUAGGUGUUUACUUUCACUAUUCUUCAUUAUGUUAUGAAAAAUCCUCACCAUACUAGUCUGCGAUCAAACGGUUCAAUCCUAUCAUAUAAAUAAUCAUAGCAAUAUUUUGAUGUAUCGCUUGCGGGAGAUACUGUACUGGUCGACUGUUUUUGAAUGUUUACUUUCGAUACUAUAAAUGUAUUGUAGAGCGGGGGAUCGGAUUUGCAAUAUGCAAGGUGAGCGGGCCCAAGGAUUAUUUUGUUAGUCGUUGAAGUGAAACACAAUCAGUUCUAAAAUGCCUUGACUGUAACAGUGGUCUACAAAACAUGGUGUGGGGGAGAAUAAUUAUUAGGAUAAUUUUCGCGAUUUGUUUGAUAUUACUUGUGGUGACCGAUUACUCAGGAAUUUUACAAAAAUUAAUUGGUGGGAAUAAGUCAGAGGAUCAUCAUGUUUCACCGAGACCAACCAAUCCUGGAUACGGUGAUUCUAAGACCGAUAUAGAUAUUGACGCUGAUAUUGAAGAAGAAUCUGUCAAACAUUUAGGAAGUCAGACAACGAAGUCAAAAAUAUUGAAGACAAUUAAAAAAGCUUGUUUACCAAAAUUAAUUUGUGAGCUGACAGCAUCCACCCACAAAGAUAAAUUGACCGAUUCUGAAAAGGCACUUUUAAGUCUACUAAGAGAUACAACAAUUAGCACAACUGCUGAGUUGACGUCCAAAUAUCAUUUCGCUGCCCAUAUGGGUCAGCUAAUAAACGGAGUGGACGGAAACGGUUGCCAUAACUUUUAUCCUACCUGCCCUUUUCCAGGAUUGCAGGUUCUUCAGAUGAUGAAAAAAGUUCGAAUGCGUUGAGAUCUUACGGGAAAAGGAAGUCGUCACAUCACAUCGACAAUUUUGGAAAAAUGUUGUUCCUGUUAUGAUUGGAUUUUAUCGAUUCGUAGAUUAUCAAAUGCAAAUGGAAUACUUGCCAGGCAAUUAAAAAUAAUUUUGUCAAAAUUAAGUGCAUAGUACAAAGUGUGUAGUUCUAUAAUGAUUAUUUUUGUUUUUUCGAGGAUUUGUUAAAUUAGACAUAUAUAGACAUAUCCUUAUUUUAGAAAAAUCUAGUACCUACGCACCAGCUUUUCAUUUGAAUUCUGUGCUAUUAGAAUAUAAAUUUUAUUUUCCAUGUAUUUCAUUGUAUAAUUUCCCCUUUUCAACUAAAGAGUAUAUUCUGUAUACAACUAAAAUAGAAAAUUUUUAUCAUUUUGUUUAAAAAAAAUAAUAAUGUUUUUCACGUUAUUGUUGUCUGCUAGCCAAACCAUCUGAUUAAUAGUUUGCGGUGGAAUAUUCUUAUGCUAAUUGGCUGUAUUCCAGACUUUAUCCUUGAGAAAUGUCAACAUCAAAAAUACCACGGCGCAAGAUUUGGCGAUCUAACUGUUAACUACCUGGCGUCUGAAUGUUACCUCUCUGUCCAUUACAUUUAAUUGGGGAAGUAAACUCUCACCAUUAAAAUAUAAUGGGAAUUUUUUUUAUCCUUCUGAGACCAGACAUUUUUAUUCGAUAAGUUCUUAUAUAUUGAAAUGAAAUAUAGGUGAAAUAUCUACAGUUCUCUCGGUUUACCACCCUGUUAAAUGUUGAUACAUCAAAAAAUAGAAUUGUAUCGAAAGCUGUUUCUCUUCUGUCGAGUUUCUUUGUUUUCCGCAGAAUUUCAUUUUCCAUUCUAGAUCGACUUCUGUUAGUUCCUUCACAAAAGUCAAUUCAUAAUGAAGUUUAUUUCUAUGGAAGCAACUUACAAGAGUUUUAUGACUCGCAUGAUUUUGACAUCAAUAUUGGAUUAAUUACCUUUGUAACGAUUUAAUCUGCUUUGUUGAUAACUUUUAGAGAUAGUACCUAUGUGUCAGUAAAAUAUUACCUAUUACUAAUAAUCACGAUUUAGUUAAUUUAAAACAUGAAUCAUUAUUUAAAGUUUACAAAAUUUCUAUUGGUUUCAUUCAUAAUUGACCGUAAAUGAUGUAAUUGUUUAGGAACUCUCAAAUAUUGCACAAUAUAGAGAGAGAUUUAUCGAAAUAAGUAUGUAUGUACUAAACGUUUUUGCGCUGUAGUUUUUUAAAAUAAGGACAAGCAAUAUAAAUAUAUACAUUUGAAAAUUAUCAUCGAUCAUUGUAUUAUUUAUUGAUUCCUCUGUAAUUUGUUGAAAAACGCUUUUGAAUAUUUUUUGAUUAUUUUUGAGUUAUAUAUUUGUUUUAAAUCUUUUGUUACACACCUUUUUACCACUAAUAUAAUGGAAAGAGCAACUUGGCAACAAAUCUGAUAAUAUAGAGACUAAAAUGUGAUAAUACAUGCCUAUCUUUAUAUAUUGACUUGUAAAUAAUAAAUUUAGAAUAUA